AUGGAGGCUAUUUUGAACCCCAAUAAGGAGGUAAUGGCUGGCAAAAUGGUUGUUAAAAAUGCCAAUAUUCACAAUAUUAUGGGGGGGAUGGAGAGUACUGGAGGAGUACGUCUCCAUAACCAUCGACGAAAACUGAAACAAAGAUUUGACAUUAUUCGAAAAUUGGGGCAAGGCACUUAUGGCAAAGUUCAGCUUGGUAUAAACAAGGAAACAGGUCAAGAGGUGGCCAUAAAAACCAUCAAAAAGGCAAAAAUUGAAACUGAAGCAGAUUUAAUAAGAAUUCGCCGUGAAAUUCAAAUUAUGUCAUCUGUUCAACAUCCAAACAUUAUUCAUAUAUAUGAAGUAUUUGAAAAUAGGGAGAAAAUGGUUUUAGUGAUGGAAUAUGCUGCUGGUGGAGAAUUAUAUGACUAUCUCAGUGAAAGGAAAGUUCUCCCUCAGGAUGAGGCUCGUCGAAUAUUUCGUCAAAUUGCUACUGCUGUAUUUUACUGCCACAAGCACAAAAUAUGUCACCGGGACUUGAAACUGGAAAAUAUUUUACUUGAUGAACAUGGAAGUGCAAAGAUUGCUGAUUUUGGACUUUCUAAUGUCUUUGAUGAGCAACGACUGUUAAAUACAUUUUGCGGAAGUCCUUUGUAUGCAUCUCCUGAAAUAGUAAAAGGAACUCCAUAUCAUGGACCAGAAGUUGAUUGUUGGUCAUUGGGUGUUUUACUAUAUACCCUUGUAUAUGGUGCUAUGCCAUUUGAUGGCUCUAAUUUUAAACGACUAGUAAAACAAAUAUCUCAGGGUGAUUACUUUGAACCAAAGAAACCUUCACCUGCAUCAUCUUUAAUCCGAGAUAUGUUAACUGUACCUCCUGCUAAAAGAGCUGACAUUGAAAAAGUGUGCUCCCAUUGGUGGGUUAAUGAAGGGUACAGUGACUCGUGUUUACAAAUUGCUGAAGAAUUGGCUGAUCAAACUCCAGUGCGAUUAGAUCUUCUUCUUUCAUUGGCUCCACCUCCUAGUGGAGUAGGAACUGAAAAUAUAAUGCAGCAGGGAAUGAGCAAUGCUCCAAGUGUUCCCCAUGCUAUGGUGCCCACACGUUGUCAUUCAGUUGGAAGUCUAAUGGAAUUAGACCAUACUGCAACAGAGCAGCAGCAACAGCAACAACAACAACAACAACAACAACAACAACAACAACAACAACAACAAAGAACAUUUGGAGCAAUUGGGAAGCAACCCCUAUAUGGGGAUAGUGUAGCUCAAUCUGCUCAGUCAACUAGCUGUGCAACUGCAGGGCAUUGGGAUUCCACAAAGCGGAAAUUGGAAGAAGGUGCUUCUUCUAGUGAAGUGAAUUUAAGAGGUGCUGUAAAACGAGACAGAGGAAAAAGAAAAAGUUACGAAGAAAGUGCUGAUGUUCAAAUGUCGUCUGGAAGAACAAAACAAUCUGGUGAAAAUGAAAUGGAAGAACAAACUGCUUCUGAAGUUCAGCCAGGAGAUGAAAAGAUGGAUAUUGAAGAGAUUUCAGAUUCAAUGCUUUCUGGAGCAGCCUGUGCUCCAGAAUCUAUGGAAAGUUCAGAGCUUUCAAAGGAUUCUGGUGUGGAAAUACAGGAUGAUUCUUUAAAUACUAGUGAAAUGGAACAAACAUGCAAAUCUUCAACAGUUUCAUCAACUGCCACCAUUAUACCUGCAGAAGAGUCAUCAUCAGCUAUGCCAUCUCCUGAUGAGCAUGUUUCUAAUGAACCACCUCUGUCUGAUAAUAACAAAAUUAAAAAGCCCAUUAAAAAGAAAGCUGAGUCUGUGAGUGACCUAAAAAUGAGUGGAGAUUUACUCAAGGAUUUACAGAAAUCCCGAAGUGCAGUUACAAAUGAGAAAAAGGACUCUGUUCUCUUGAAAGAACCAUCAAAAGGUGUCAGUGGCACAAAGGAAAAGCAGAAAAAGGUAUCAAAUGCUGAAGCAAAUGAAGCAAGCAAAACUUCGAAAGUCAUUGCUAAGAAUGAUACUGGAAAUGCUAUUAACAAAACGUCUAAAGCCGUUGAAUCUGUUGUAAAUAGCUCUAAGAACAGUAGUGCACCAGGAGGAAAAGAUGAAAAAGAAAAUGAUAUACCAAAAACAAAUACAAAAGCUGUGAAGAGCAAAGGGGACUUGGUAUUAGAAAAUCUAAACUCUGAAGGAUCCUCUACACCAAACACAUCUGAACCCAGUACCCCUCCAGCAGGUACAAUGGAAAGGAGGAGAUCUAAAAUCUUUGAAACAGCUGAUAAAUUUAAUAAUAUUUUGUCAGGAAGUCAAGAAACAAAGAAUGUUGCUCGUGAUAAACCGAAGAAACUCUUUAUACCUGGUGUUAAAGUAAGUGAUUUCAAGAAAGCCUUUGAGAGAAAAUUGUCAAGUCCUGAAAUUUCUGUAGCUGCCUUUUCUAAGAAAUAUCCUACAAAAUCUGAUGAAAUAACAUCUGAAAAAUCAGAGAAACCACAAAAUGGUGAAAACGAAAAUAAUGUCAACGGCAUACAAAAAGGUACCAGCUCAGCAAGUGAAGUGCAUGAAAAUAAUUUGAAAGGGAAACCUACUGAAGGUGAACAAGUACAAGAUGAUUUGAAAGGAAAGAAAUCAAAAUCCGGAAAGAAUUAUUCUCAUGUGACAGAAGACAAUAAAAAGGAAUACAUAGUAGACUCAAAUAAAUCAAAAUCUCUGAAAACUCCAUCAGAAACCAAGAAAUCUUCAAAGUCUGUGAUAAAUAAAUCUUCUGAUUCUGCAGUUGAAGGAAGAAAUCUAGAAACAACACAGCCAGCUGCUAAUACUGUGGAUUCAACAGAUAUAAAAGCAAAGACUGAGAAUGAUAAAGACCAAGAAUUACUACACAACGAUAAGAAAGUUUUACCAACAGAAACUGUUGUUAGUGCACAAGAUGCAGGAAAUGAUGUAACAAUAAAACCUUCAAAACCAAAUGAGACAGCAGGAAAGAAAAAGUCAUCUAAAGUUGAAAUUACUCUUAAAUCUGCUACUCUUCCUCGAAGAAAAACAUCAAAAGCAGAAAUCAAAUUAGAUCCUGCGAUUCCGCCUAUAGAAUACAAAACUGAAAUUGAACAUAUGGUCAAUACUCCAACUACUGUUCCAUUACAUAUUAGGCGAACAGAUGAAGAACAUGCUGUUCCAGAAACUACAGUGCCCUUCAGGUCAUGGUCUUUGGAACCUGAGAGUCCUCAUCUUGGAAAGAUGCCAUCACAUGAGUGCAUUAUUCCCAUUCAAAUUGAACGUGAGGCAAGAGAAGGUUCUGGCCUUAUCAGUCCUCCUGUUGGUCGACCUCCUGCUUAUCCAUUCCAGCAACGAUCAAUGUCACAGUCACAGAGAUCCAGUACUUUGUCAAGGCAGAGUACUCAAGAAUCUGAUUCUGAAGUGAUGGAACCAAUUAGGAAAUCUCCUCGUGAGUAUAUCAUACCUAUUGCUGUAGAAGGUGGAGGAUAUGUUACCCCUCGAGCAGGAAGUCUGGAACCUUCUGCCUCUGAUGAUGCCAAGUCUAGGAGAUCGAUGUCUUCUACUAGGUCAAACCAUUAUCGAAGAAUGAGUAGCCUCCUAAGUGACACAAGUGAAGAUGAAGGUUUCAACAUGUCUCCUGGUGGUCUUCAACGACAUGGUUCUCUUAGUAGAGGCAGAGACGAUGGGAGAACUUUCCAUUUCCAUAGAUUGAGGAGUUCAAGACCAAUGAGGCAUUCUUUGGAGCAUAAUGACAGUCUCAGUUCUGCUGAAGAAGAUGAUGACGAUGAUGAUGACGAAGGCUUUGAGAUUCUCACUGCUGAAUCACUGUUUUCAACACUGCUUUCUAGGGUUCGUAGUUUGACACAGCGAUUGACAGUAGAAGAUGGAAAACGACCAGGCUUCCCAUCAAACCAUUUUGUCAAUCAGUUGUCGAACAUCAAUAAUCCUUCUACAUCAUUUAAAAAUUUUUAUAGCCAUCAUAGGGAACCUUUAUCCAGACGGUUAUCAGAGACCUCUUCAUUUCCACGUCUGCUCAACCGUGGCGAUUUUGGUCCAAUGCAUCAAAGAAGUUUGAGCCGUGAUUCUUCCAACUGUGACAGUGUUAAUAGUGAAGCAAGUUGUACAGUUGGAACUUUCCCUCGAGCUUCCUGUCUUAUUUACAUUCUUUUGUGUGUUGAACAUUAG